UGAUAUCCUUCUGAUCAGGUUCACGUUUUCUAUUAUCUUCUUUCUUUCUAUCUCAGGAAGGCGAUCAGUAAGUUUGUGCUCUCAAGACUUAAGAGAGAAGCAUAAACUUGUUUCUUUUCAUAUUUUCAGUUAAAAAUGCGAAGGUGAUUUUUCUCGUGAUUUUAGAGCCCUUAUAAAUACACUUUCAGUUUCCAUCAGAUCUUCUUCAGUUGUUCUCAAUCAUCUUUUCUUUCAGGUCUUUGUGCUGACGAUUUCUCUUUGUUUUGAGAAUGGGCAACUGAAGGCCUGCUCAAUAAUGCUCAAAGGCUCUUGUAAUCUGAAUUGACCAUAGUUUGUUGUGAAUAUACAAUCAGAUGAAUUUGAGUAGAAUGGGAAUCUUUACACGCAGUACGGUUAGUAGAAAGCCAAAUGAGAGCAUGAGGCUUAUUGUGACAACAUUUGUUGGAGUAGUUGUUGGCUUCUUAGUAGGAUUAUCUUUCCCAGCUUUGUCAUUAACAAAGUUCAAUCUAUCAUCCGGCAUUCAUACGACCAUCGAUAUCAAAUACACUGAGUAUACAAAGCCUAGCCUCUCAAGCCCAAUUCCUUUGCAGCAUCCACUUGAUAAUAAUAGAAGUUCUGCUAAUGCCACAUCAAAGAAGAUUUGGGUCCCAUCAAAUCCUCGAGGUGCGGAAAGAUUACCACCAGGAAUUGUUACAGCUGAGUCAGACUUAUACCUACGCCGAUUGUGGGGCAAGCCUGAUGAGGACUUGACCAGCACGCCAAAGUAUCUUGUCACAUUUACUGUUGGUUAUAAUCAACGGAAGAAUAUUGAUGCUGCAGUUAAAAAGUUUUCAGGGAAUUUUACCAUUCUUCUCUUUCAUUAUGACGGUCGAACAACUGAAUGGGAUGAGUUUGAGUGGUCAAAGGAGGCAAUACAUGUGAGUGUUCGCAGGCAGACUAAAUGGUGGUAUGCCAAGAGGUUUUUGCACCCUGACAUCGUGGCACCAUAUGACUACAUAUUCAUCUGGGAUGAGGACUUGGGGGUUGAGCAUUUCAAUGCAGAAGAAUACAUUAAACUGGUGAGGAAGCAUGGACUGGAUAUUUCACAGCCUGGUUUGGAACCGAAUAAAGGGUUAACCUGGCAAAUGACAAAGAGGAGAGGUGAUCGUGAAGUUCACAAAGAAACAGAGGAGAAACCAGGCUGGUGCAAUCAUCCACACGUUCCUCCGUGUGCAGCGUUUGUGGAGAUAAUGGCUCCUGUGUUCUCACGUGAUGCAUGGCGAUGUGUAUGGCAUAUGAUUCAGAAUGACUUGGUCCAUGGGUGGGGUCUUGAUUUCGCCCUCAGAAAAUGCGUAGAGCCUGCCCAUGAGAAGAUUGGCGUGGUGGAUGCUCAGUGGAUUGUUCAUCAAUCUGUUCCCUCUCUUGGGAACCAGGGAGAGUCGGAAAACGGGAAGGCACCGUGGCAAGGGGUAAGGGAGAGAUGUCAAAAGGAAUGGAGUAUGUUCCAGACGCGGUUUUCAAGGGCCGAAAGGGCAUACUUCAAGGCACUAAAUACAACUUCUCAUUAGAUACAGCGCCAUACCCCAAAACCUGACCUUAUAUUCAUUAUACUCUUCUCAUUCCCAUACACUUUGUAGAUGACACACAUUGUAGUUGUAUUCAUUGUUACUGAAUAAUCAUCACAUUUUGGUCCUAAAAUCACAAAAUAAUUCUUAA